UUGGAAUGUUCAGUAGUUAGUCAUAACACAACAUUGCCGACGGUGCCUGUUUUUGUUGUAGACUGUCUUACGACGACAAUUAUUUCAAAACAAACAAUCGCCGAUAAAAAAAAAAUCGUAGAAAAGUUCAGCUUUUCCAUUCAGGAUGUUUUCACCGCCUACAAGUCUGGCGUAACCUCUUACUAGUCUGAACGAACCUGUUGAAUACACACACCCAACAAAGAUGGAAAAAGACUCUCCAACUCCAAAACCCCGUCCAAACCCUUCGAGUCCAGCUCGAACGUCUCCUUUAAAAAAGCCAAUUCCUUUGCCUCGCUUCAAAAAGCGUAGGCAAAGUGUGGAGAAGAAUGAUUAUGAAAAUGCAGACUCCCAUGAUGGAUCUCCGAAACAGUCUGUUUCCCAAAUGCUAAGAGGUGAAUUUAAGUCAGCAUCAGAUAACGUUCAGGAGAAAAGCAAGUACGUUAUGGAAAGCACACGGCGGUUAGCUCGGAACAUGAUGCCUAAAAGAUUUACUACCCAGCAAGAAUAUAAUGGAAAAGAUAAUCCGCUUAUGUCAGGCUCCAUGGCUGAUCGUUGUACAUCUCUACCCUCUGAUGACAUCUUCAGAUCUAUUUCUUUUGAUUCGCCCCUUACACCAUCCCAUGAUUUAACCGUCAACUUUGAUGAAAAUGACUUUAAAGAUCCAACUGAAAGCCCAGUUGAAUAUUUUCCCCCACCGCAGUACCCACCACCUCCUUUUCCAGAUGAACUUAUUUAUGAUGAAGUAUCAUCUGUUAAAUCAAGUCAUUCUGGUAGUCAACAAGACCCUUGCCCAAGUGAUGUAGAUUCAUACCAAGAUAUUGAUGGCAUUUAUGAAGAAUUGUCAAAUGCCCGCAGUGAAGCUCAGAAACUAAAUGAAGAGCAAGAUCCUCAAGGGUCUGGGAUUAAUGCAUUCCAAUGUAGUGAUACUGAAUCUACCUCACUACCAGUUAACAACCUCAAGACCCAGAAAAAGUUUACGAGGUCUGAUUCUUGGACAUUUUAUGAUUCAGUGAGCUGUUCACAAGGAGAGAGUAGUUUGGGAGAGUCAGCAAGCAACAUUUACAAUGAAGAUCCAGUUGUUCUAGCUUCUGCUACCAGGAAAAAUGCUUGCAGCAAAUCACCCUCCUUAUGUAGUGAAUUGGAUGCCUUGGCCAUUAACAAUGACGACAUUGGCUCAAAUGUCAGUUGUGGUCAGUCUUCUCCUGCUGGAAGUUCUGCCACUUCACUCUCCACAGGGAGCUACCAAUCUGCUGGUCAUAGUUCUGACUCCACUGCAGAAGGAAUACCGGUAGAGUUGAGAAGAAAGCCAAAUGUCUCCGGUCAAAAAUUGCCUUCAAAGUCUGUAAUUUUUGAAUUUGAUCCUCUUUAUGAAAACUUGCCAACUGUUGAAAACUUGGCCAAGAGUAAUCUCACUGAAAAUGAUCUAAUGAUACUGGCUGGCCUUGCUCCUGCCAAAGAAGCAAAGACAUCCAAUUAUGGCAAAGUAAAUGUAAAGCGUAAAGAUGGAGGCAAUAUGGUAACAGUUGAGGAGGAGAAUGAUAAGCUUCCUAGAGCACCAACGCCACCCCAACGCUCUGACUCUAUGUCUCAUGCUUCAACAGAAAUAUCAGAUCAAAGUACUGGAGAAGAAAGAGCAAUAGAUGUUCCUGAUGAUGAUAUAUCAGUAUCUUUGUCAAGGAAAUCAUCUAUAUCUCAGGCAGAUGUUGACUCAAGUUCAAGGCGUUUUUCAAUGCUCCGACAACAUUGGCCUAGUAUGAAGCGUGUUAUUAAGUCAGCCUAUCAUAGGGAAAGUAAAGUCUUACCCUCUGAGAUGGAUUCCUCCUCUGAAAAAUCAUCAUCAGCUUUCUAUGCAAAUAUUUCAAUCACCAAAAAUCUUGAAAAACCAUCCUUGGAGCCUAUGCUUGCUGUUCAGUACAAUGGAAAUGUCUAUAGGGGUACUAAUAGCACCCGGGAUUUGGCUUUACGUUGGUGUCACCUUGCCGAGAGUCAGUUGACUUUUACAGCUGAUAAAAGUGGCAGUGGAAGUAAAGAUGUAAUUUCUUUGGAUUCAGUUUUAAGCAUUCAGCUAUCAUUGGAGCAUCGAACAGGAACAGGGUCUGAAGGUGAAGAAGUAUACUGCUUUGAACUGAGUGUAGCAGGUAAAAACCGCAAUACUUUUUUUGGAGUGACAUCUUCUAUGGAAAGAAGAGUUUGGAUGCAGAAAAUUCUGGAAAACUUCACUACAGCUUUUCCAACUCGUAUUGCUGCUGACUAUUCUCGAUUUGGGUGGUGCUUUUUCAAGGAAGGUAUUGGAGGAUCCUGGAUGCCAGCCUGGUUAUUACUACAGAAGAGAACUUUGAUGUAUUGCGUCCCUAAGGGUAAACUUAAUGAAGCUGAUCUUCGCAAAGCACGAUCUAUAGUUAUCCAGGAACCUGAUUCAGUUUCCCCAGUCAUUCUUAUUGACUUCCCAAAACUUUCAUUGUAUUUACGCACUGAAAGGACAAGUGAAACUGUUGCUUGGCGUAAUGCAAUCCGUGCAGCCGCAACCGAUAAUGGCCCAGACCUGGAUAAUCAGCAGCUCACUCAAGAAAAUGUACCUGUUCUGGUUGACAAGUGCAUCAAUUUUGUAUACGCACAUGGAUCUCUCGCUGAAGGUAUUUAUCGCCGUAGUGGGGCAAACUCAAGUGUAACAAAGCUGCUUACAAUGUUCCGGAAAGAUGCAUGGGCUGUUCAGUUAUCACGUCAAGAAUUCAGUGAAUAUGAUGUUGCCAGCGUACUUAAGAGAUUCUUCCGAGACUUGCCAGAACCUUUGUUAACUUCAAAGCUUCAUUCUAAGCUGUGUGAAAUUUCAUCUGUGCAAGAUGAAGGCAAAAGACUGGAAAAAUAUCAUUUAUUACUCACUGAGCUCCCUCCAGUGAAUACAGUCACUCUGCGCCGCUUACUUGCUCACUUACACUUUAUUCAUGAAGAGAGUGAGCACAAUCUCAUGCCUGUAGAAAACCUGGCUGCCAUUUGGGGUCCUACUCUCAUGCAUGUAGAAAAUGGUGAUGAAAUAACAUGGUCCAGACAAGAGUCAAAGGUCAUAGUUGAUUUGGUUUCCCUGUUCCCUCGUCUAUAUGGUGUUGAUGCUGAGGAAUUGUCAAGGGACAAGAGAAUCCGUGAAGUUCUUCAGCGUUUGCAUGCUGGCAAAGUUCAUCCUCAGCAAGCAAAACCUACUGGAGACCUGAGAGUGUGGAUACACAUUGGCUCGAAAGACAGUGGAAAAGUCGUCCAUGUCACAGUUGGACCUCAGAAGACAUGUCAUGAAGUUUGUUCUGAACUUGCUUCACAUCUUGCCCUACAUGCUCAUCAAACUACUUUAUGUGAAGUUGUACUUAAUGGUGCUCUCAAACGUUAUCUACACCACUCAGAAAAGGUUCUUGACUCAGUAUUAAGAUGGGGAUAUUGGGAUGAACCUGAUAGAGCCCAGAACUACCUUGUUCUGAUGGCUAAUACAAUCUUCCAAGAACUUAGCUCAGUGAUUACUCCACCUAUUACAAUGUCAGGGGAGCUUCGCUUUGCCGACCAGAAGUCAAAGUCAUUCAAAGCCUAUCCAUUUGAGUUUAGCCAAGCCAAACUCUGUUAUUACAAAGACAAACGAGGUGCAAAUAAACUUGCGGAGUGGCCUGUUGAAGAAAUUGUCUGGUAUGAAGGUUUCGAGUCCAAAAGGAAUCCUAAUUCAAGGUGGGCUAUAACAUUUAUAAGCAAGAGUGACAAACCGAAAAGAAGUAAGGAAAGUCCUUACUUUGGCUCUACUUUAGCUGGUACUUCUAAAGAGGAUCAAAACAAGUGGAUGGCAGCCUUACUUGCCGCUGAAUAUCCUCAGGGAUUGCUCCCUCCCCCUAUCCAGGUUAAUCUUCUAGAGUAAGAUGUGGGAUCUUCCUUAUAUAAUAUAGAGUUACCAUUUCUUA